UGUCGUCGAUGUACAUAGAGUGAGGUGCGCGUAAAACCUCUAGUGAAUAUAGAAGAAAAAAUGUUUUUAGCAAUCAUAAUUAUUGCGUGCUGUUACCUGAUCUAUUAUCUAGGUCAGAGACAGCACACCUACUGGAAACGUCGUGGUUUCACACAACUGGAGCCCAAGUUUAUUUUCGGCGAUGUCCAACCGAUGGUCAAAGGACAAAUGUCGUUUGGUCAAGUCCUGGAGAGUCUAUACGUGAAAAGUAGAAUGCACAAGUUGGUCGGCAUUUACUUUUUCUAUAAACCGGCGAUACUGGUUAAUGAUCCAAUCCUCUUGCAACAUGUGUUCAUAAAGAACUUUACGUCGUUUCAUGAUCGACCGGUGAACAUUGAUCUGGAUGUCGAUACACUUCGAGACAAUUUAUUCAGCACGCCGGGAAAGAAAUGGCGCGAUCUGAGAACCAAGCUCUCGCCAACGUUUACUAGUGGCAAGCUGAAGGGAAUGUUUUCCACCAUCACCGAUUGUGCUAACGUUUUGGAUAGGUAUCUGGUAAACAACGUAGAUCGCGGAGAGAAUACGUUCGAUUUUCGGGAUCUGUUUGCGCGAUUUAACACAAACAUCAUAUCGUCGGUGGCAUUCGGCAUCGAAAAUGACUGUAUCAAUGAACCGGAUAACAUUUUCCGUAAAAUGGGCACCAAAAUAUUCGAAAUGACUACGAAAAAAAAGGUUCAAGCCAGUUCCGUAAUGUUAAUACCUGCGUUGCGAAAGAUAUGGAAAUUCAAAUUUACGAGCGACGAGGUCGAAGCAUUUUUCAAAAAUGUUGUCAAACAGACCGUUGACUAUAGGGAAAAGAAUAACUACGAAAGGAACGACUUUAUGCAACUCUUAAUUCAACUGAAGAACCAAGGAUAUUUGUCAGCUGAUAGCGGUGACACAAAAUCGGUUGAAAAGGAGGCGAAGCAGACUAACCAGGCGGUGAAAAAAUUGAGUUUGCUCGAUUUGGAGGCCAAUGCAUUCCUCUUCUUUGUUGCCGGAUUCGAAACCUCAAGCUCCACGCUUUCCUUCUGCAUCUUUGAGCUGGCCAGGAAUCUACGAAUUCAGCGAAAAGCUCAAGACGAAAUUGACAGAGUCAUUGCUGCAAAUGACAAUAAGGGCUUUACCUACGAAAUGAUUCACGAGUUGAAAUACUUGGAAUGUUGCAUUGACGAAGCAUUGAGAAAGUAUCCCAUCGUACCGCUACUAUUCCGAGUAGCUGCUGAAGAUUUCAGGGUACCGGAUACCAAUUUGACUGUCCCGAAGGGAACCGAAAUGAUGAUCCCAGUGCUGGGCAUUCAUCGGAAUCCAGAUAUAUACGACAAUCCUCUGGAAUUCAGACCGGAAAGAUUCUUAACAUCGUCUACUGGAUCAACGAUUGAAACGAAAGGUUGCUAUUAUUUGCCGUUUGGUGAUGGACCUCGGAAUUGCAUCGGGAUGAGAAUGGCAAAAGUAAUGACGAAAAUUGGCAUGGCAACGGUUUUGGCUAAAUUUAAUGUUGAACUCGUCGACAAGAACUUGGAAAACGUUGAACUUGAUAUCGAUCCUGAGCAAUUCAUUCACACGCCAUUAAAACCAUUCAAUUUGAAAUUGACACCACGAACUGUUGCAUAACGAUUUGAUUGAUGGGCAGAGAGUUUACAAUGAACAAUGUGAAUUUUUGAUGGGGUUAAUUAGAUUUACCUUAAAAUGGAUAAGCGUUCACACCUAAUUAAAUUUCAAAUGUUA